AUGUCAGCUCUGGAUACCUUACCGGAAAAAUCUAUCGACCAGCAGGGGUCCUUUAAACGCAGCCAAAAUGAAGUAUUAUUUCAGACCCGGGAGGCAGUGUUGACAGAAGCUGGCGAAGACGGCGCUGAUGCGGAAGUCGAGGUACGACUCAACAAUCCCCUGCUAGGCUUGACGGCAGAGCAAAUCGAGUAUGACGUGCAAGAGUUUGUCUCGACCAAGGGGCUGGAAGAGUACCACGACAUCUUCCGCAAGGGUGCAUUUUGUGCACAGGCUCAGGCCUCGGGCGAUUACGACUCGAUUGCGAUUCUCACAGAGGACGAUCGCCAAGUCUUGGCUUCUGAAAAGGAGCACAAAUGGCGCCAGCCCUUUAUGCUAUACUGGCUAGCCAUUUGUUGCAGUGUUGCUGCUGCCAUUCAGGGUGCAGACGAGUCUGUAAUCAAUGGAGCCCUUCUAUUUUUCCCAAAGCAAUUUGGACUGUACACGGACUAUUGUGACUACUUUCGGGCUGGACCUAAUGGUGUAUGCAAUGGGCCGCUGCUUCCAGAGUUUGCGCAGAAGGGAUGGACAUAUGAUGAUGUGACGCAAGAGAUUAGCAAAAAUAAUUGGCUGAUUGGACUUGUGUCGUCUGCUCCGUAUAUUUGCUGUGCCUUUCUUGGGUGCUGGCUCACGCAGCCCAUGAAUGCUCUCUUUGGCCGUCGUGGGACUAUUUUCAUUGCUGCAUUUUUAAGUUUUGCUACGUGUAUUUGGCAGGCUGUGACGAACAAUUGGUGGCAUAUGUUUAUCUCUCGAUUUUUCCUUGGACUUGGUAUUGGUCCCAAGUCUGCGACUGUCCCAGUAUACGCUGCCGAGUGCUCGCCUCCUUUGAUCCGUGGUGCAUUGGUUAUGCAAUGGCAAACAUGGACUGCGUUCGGCAUUAUGCUUGGUAAUGCGGCUGGUCUCGCCUUAUUCCGUGUAUCGGAUGUGCCUAAUAUUACUGGACUUAAUUGGCGCCUAAUGAUGGGAAGUGCAGCAAUCCCCGCACUCUUCGUUAUGGCACAGGUAUAUAUCUGUCCCGAAUCACCGCGCUGGCUUAUGAAGAAGGGAAAAUACCCGCAGGCGAUGCGAUCUUUUCUUCGUAUUCGGUCAAAUCCUCUCUUGGCUGCUCGUGAUAUGUAUUUUGCCCACUGUCUCAUUGAGGAGGAACGAAGGGUUGAGUCUGUCAAAAGUCGGGUUGGGUUUGUCCAGCUUUUCACGGUUCCUCGCAAUCUUCGCGCCACCUUGGCAUCUUGCAUUGUCAUGUUUGGCCAACAAUUUUGUGGUAUCAAUGUGAUUGCGUAUUACUCUAGCUCUAUUAUCAAAGAGGUCGGGGGUGCGUCCGAUCUAGACUCGCUUCUUGGCAGCUGGGGAUUUGGCAUGCUCAACUUUCUUUUUGCCAUUCCCGCUUGGUACACGAUUGAUACAUUUGGACGUCGUAACUUGCUUUUGUUCACCCUUCCUUUUAUGGCUAUAUUCCUCCUUAUUACAGGCUUUGCCUUUUGGAUCGAUCCGUCGAAAACAGAUGCCCGUUUGGGUGUUGUGCUAAUGGGUAUUUACGUCUACAGCAUGUUCUAUUCACCCGGAUUUGGCCCUGUACCUCUUACCUAUGGUGCCGAAGUUUUCCCCAUUCGUGUGCGUGAAAUUGGCAUGUCGUUCUCUACUGCCGUGCUCUGGUUCUUCAAUGUAAUUCUUGGCAUCACAUGGUUCCGUAUGAAGCAAGCUUUCAAGCCACAGGGUGCCUUUGGCUGGUAUGCCGCAUGGUGUGCAAUCCUCUGGGUUCUCGUGUUUUUAUUCCUCCCUGAAACCAAGGCUCUUACUCUGGAGGAACUUGAUAUUGUGUUUAAUGUGCCCACCACGAAACAUGCCUCCUACCAACUUCAUCAAAUUCCAUACUUUAUCAAGCGCUUUAUUUUCCGACAGCAUGUGCAAAAGGAGCGUCUUGUCACACUGGAUGACAGCCUGCAUUCCCCGCUGGAGAAACCAUUUUACCAACUGGACUCCUACACACUUACAAAGGAUGAAAAUCCACAUUACUCAGUGUUGAAAGAGACUGGGAAAAUUGACGGGGGUGAAGAUUCUGAGGUGCGACUCAACAAUCCCCUGCUAGGCUUGACGGCAGAGCAAAUCGAGUAUGACGUGCAAGAGUUUGUCUCUACCAAGGGGCUGGAUGAGUACCAUGACAUCUUCCGCAAGGGUGCAUUUUGUGCACAGGCUCAGGCCUCGGGCGAUUACGACUCGAUUGCGAUUCUCACAGAGGACGAUCGCCAAGUCUUGGCUUCUGAAAAAGAGCACAAAUGGCGCCAGCCCUUUAUGCUAUACUGGCUAGCCAUUUGUUGCAGUGUUGCUGCUGCCAUUCAGGGUGCAGACGAGUCUGUAAUCAAUGGAGCCCUUCUAUUUUUCCCAAAGCAAUUUGGACUGUACACGGACUAUUGUGACUACUUUUGGGCUGGACCUAAUGGUGUAUGCAAUGGGCCGCUGCUUCCAGAGUUUGCGCAGAAGGGAUGGACAUAUGAUGAUGUGACGCAAGAGAUUAGCAAAAAUAAUUGGCUGAUUGGACUUGUGUCGUCUGCUCCGUAUAUUUGCUGUGCCUUUCUUGGGUGCUGGCUCACGCAGCCCAUGAAUGCUCUCUUUGGCCGUCGUGGGACUAUUUUCAUUGCUGCAUUUUUAAGUUUUGCUACGUGUAUUUGGCAGGCUGUGACGAACAAUUGGUGGCAUAUGUUUAUCUCUCGAUUUUUCCUUGGACUUGGUAUUGGUCCCAAGUCUGCGACUGUCCCAGUAUAUACUGCCGAGUGUUCAUCCCCUUUGAUCCGUGGUGCACUGGUUAUGCAAUACCAGACAUGGACUGCAUUUGGCUUUAUGCUUGGUAAUGCAGCUGGCCUGGCGCUCUAUCGCGUUACAGACACGUCGAACAUCACUGGACUAAACUGGCGCCUGAUGAUGGGAAGUGCAGCAAUUCCUGCCAUAUUUGUUAUGGCGCAAGUAUACUUUUGCCCCGAAUCGCCGCGCUGGCUUAUGAAGAAGGGAAAAUACCCACAGGCGAUGCGAUCUUUCCUUCGUAUUCGGUCAAAUCCUCUCUUGGCUGCUCGUGAUAUGUAUUUUGCUCAUCGUCUAAUUGAGGAGGAGCGAAGAUUCGAAGCCAGGCAAACUCGAAUUGGUUUACUCCAGCUUUUCGUAAUUCCCCGCAACCUUCGAGCGACUUGGGCCUCGUGUAUUGUUAUGUUUGGUCAACAGUUCUGUGGUGUCAAUGUAAUAGCUUAUUUUUCAAGCUCAAUUAUCAAAAAUGUUGGCGGUGCCUCAGACCUCGACUCACUUCUUGGCAGCUGGGCCUUUGGUAUGAUUUGUUUCCUCUCAGCCAUACCAGCCUGGUAUACAAUUGACACAUUUGGCCGUCGCAACUUGCUUCUUUUUACUAUUCCUUUUCUAGCUCUCUUCCUACUUGUUACUGGAUUUGCUUUCUGGAUCGAUGCGUCAAAGAGAAAUGCACGUUUGGGCGUUGUUUUGUUGGGAAUAUUUGCGUAUGGGUCAUUUUAUGGACCUGGAUUCGGUCCAGUUCCUUUGACAUAUGGUGCUGAAGUAUUUCCUAUUCAUAUACGUGAAAUUGGGAUGGGGCUCUCGACUGAUGUAUUUUGGUUUUUUAACGCCAUUCUUGGUAUCACUUGGUUUCGCUUAGAGCAAGCUUUCAAGCCACAAGGUGCCUUUGGCUGGUAUGCCGCAUGGUGUGCGGUCCUCUGGGUUCUCGUGUUUUUAUUCCUCCCUGAAACCAAGGCUCUUACUCUGGAGGAACUUGAUAUUGUGUUUAAAGUGCCCACCACGAAGCAUGCCACCCACCAACUUCAUCAAAUUCCAUACUUUAUCAAGCGCUUUAUUUUCCGACAGUAUGUGCAGAAGGAGGGACUUCACACACUAGAUGAUGCCAAUGCGUAA